AUGGGUGGUCGACUCCUCGUGUUUUGCGUGUGGGCUGGCAUUUGGGCCAACAUCUACAACUCUGGCGAGGAACAUCAAAGAACCGUUGUGGCACCGCAAGCUUCGCAAGACGAGGCAAAGGUGCAGGAGCUUCAUCAGCAAGGUUUCUUUGGUGGCUCUUGGGAAGAGGACUCGGAGAAAACUGAGGAAGUGUAUCUGGCUCACUGGUCAGCGGUAUGGACACAACCAAAGAGACGUUCCAGAAGCAAGAGUGUGAAAGCAGCCUCCUCGUACAAAGCUACAGAAGAGCAAAAGCCACAGAAGGAAGGGACAGAUUGGGCCGUUUUUCCAGUCAAAGCUCCAUGGAUCCCAACUACUCCCUCAAGUCGUGUGAUGAAGAAGGAGGAGACCACAGAUGGAGCUGGAUGCAAUGCAGCAACAGCACAGUCGGUGGUGCAGCCUCCCAAUGUCGAGGAUACAGAACUCACAUUGACGGUGGAAGAGGAGAAAUUGCUGGAACACCUCAGAGCAUUACAGAAUGCCAAUCUCGAUUUGACCGAGAGCAUGCAGCGGAAGUUGGAAGUCCACUUGGCCAAGCAGCAGAAUGGCAACAUGAUCAAGCCUCUCAACCAUGGGCAUCUGAAUCGUCUUCGCAAAGUCAAGACGCAGGUGAACAAUGCAGGAAAGAGAAUUGCGGAGUUAGACCAGGAAUGGUCCAGCUUUGUCGACAAGACCAUGUCGAAAGUGAAAGAACAUGCGAGCAUGUACCAAUCAUGUCGGGCGGACAUGCUCGAAACCUACAACAAGAAGCUAGCCGAGUUGGAAUCUCUCAAAAGAGAGCUCAGCACAGCCUCGAUGCAGAUGUUGGCGACAGAUCCACAGGAGCCAGUUCAAGUGACAGUUCCCGAUGUGGGCAUGCAGAUGCAGGCAAUGCAGGAGGUGGUAGACUUGGAAAGUGUUGUAGGUCCGGUGGAUCUAACAGAAGACAUGGAGGAGGACGAAGAGCCAUUGGGGACUGGGCGAGGACAGAAUUUCAAGAACUCGCCGAAGGUGCACAAAGGCUUCAGGGGUGCCACCUCUCCGACAAAGGUGGCCAACCAACAUUUGAAGAUCAAGUCCCACGACAGCAAGGAGAACAAGGCCAAAGAUUAG